GUAGGUGUAAUUUGAGACAGACGCUAACGACUGGUCCACGUUCACAUCCACACACACUUUUAAACUGCGUCCGUAGGGAGCUACUGCGUGUUUGCUGAGCCUCUUUAAGCCUUAGUUUAUGACUAUGAUGUCAACAUAAAGUGGUGAGGUUUGAUGGGAAAUGAACGGAAGAUGCCGUCAGGUAUGAGACCACCUGCAGCGCUUUUCCAGCUCAUGUUUUUUGUGCUUAUAUGCCUGGUUUGUGAGGCACGAUUAUUUACAAACCACUGGGUGGUCAGAGUUACUGGAGGACAAGAAAAUGCAGAUCAGAUUGCUGAAAAAUAUGGAUUCCUGAAUAUGGGACAGAUUGGGGAUCUGAAGGACCACUACCACUUCCUGCAUCCGAGAACCAUCAAACGUUCCACUAUAGCAAGCAGAGGGAAGCAUAGCCUCAUUGCCACGGAGAGCAAGGUGCAAUGGAUCCAGCAGCAGAAGCUUCACAGGAGGGUGAAACGAAUCAGCAAAACCAUCGAGUCCCAGUUCAGCAGCUUUAAUGACCCCAAAUGGGACAGCAUGUGGUACAUUCGCUGUGAUCAGAAUUGCCUGACUGACAUGAACAUUAAAGCUGCAUGGAGUCGAGGCUACACCGGGAAAGGAGUUGUGGUCUCUAUUUUGGAUGAUGGUGUGGAGAAGCAACAUCCAGACCUGAAGCAGAACUAUGAUCCACGAGCUAGCCAUGAUGUUAAUGGGAAUGACGCUGACCCGACACCACGAUACGAUGCGACAAAUGAAAACAGACAUGGAACAAGAUGUGCUGGAGUGGUGGCUGCUACUGCUAACAAUUCACUGUGCACCGUUGGAAUCGCUUACAAUGCCAGGAUUGGUGGUGUCCGUAUGUUGGAUGGUGACAUGACGGAUAUGAUCGAAGCCAAAUCCCUGAGCCUGAGACAGCAGUACAUUGACAUUUACAGCUCGAGCUGGGGGCCGGAGGAUGAUGGUGGAACUGUGGAUGGUCCCGGACGCCUCGCUGGUCUUGCUUUAGAAAAUGGCAUACGUAAAGGCAGGAAAGGUCGAGGUUCCAUCUUCGUCUGGGCAUCAGGAAAUGGGGGAAGAAAUCAGGAUCACUGCUCAUGCGAUGGUUACACAAACAGCAUCUAUACCAUCUCUGUGGGAAGCACCACCCGUAGCGGACGCAAGCCCUGGUAUCUGGAGGAGUGUUCUUCCACUCUGGCCUCCACAUACAGCAGCGGCGAGAGCCUCGGGAUUGUGACAACAGACCUGAAACAGCGAUGCACUGAUGAGCACUCCGGCACCUCGGCCUCAGCCCCCAUGGCUGCUGGAAUCAUCGCUCUGACUUUGGAGGCAAAUCCUCUGCUGACCUGGAGGGAUGUGCAGCACAUCAUCGUGAAGACGGCACGCCGGGGCCACCUUACUGCCCCUGACUGGCACACCAAUGGAGCAGGAAAUGAUGUGAGCCACCUGUAUGGAUUCGGGUUAAUGGAUGCUGGGGCCAUGGUGAAAGAAGCCGAGACGUGGAGACAGGUUCCCGCACAGCAUGUGUGUGACGAGAGCAUCUUUCACAAACCAAGAGUGAUUAGUCUGGACCAGGUGUUGCGUUUGGUGUACCAGUCUUUAGGUUGCUCUGGCCAGCCUGGCAGGCAGGUGACGUAUCUGGAACAUGUAAUCCUACGCAUCACGAUCACACACCCACACCGUGGAGACCUGUCCAUAUUCUUAACCUCUCCCUCAGGGACCAAAUCUCAGCUCCUUGCCAUCCGACCUAAUGAUCACUCCACUGAUGCCUUUACGAAGUGGGAGUUCAUGACCACACACUGCUGGGGUGAGAAAGCAGCUGGAGACUGGAUCUUAGAAAUCAAAGACUCUCCAUCCAUGAGGAGGAACGCCCAAGUACACGGUAAACUUGUAGAAUGCGGUCUAGUGCUUUAUGGAACCUCUGAGCAUCCGUACAAACGGCAUGAACAGCCCCGGUCAGCUGAGAUGUCCAGCGAUGAUGACAGUGAAGAAUAUAACAGUUCCUGCGAUCCAGAAUGCAGUAAAGACGGCUGUGAAGGCCCGGGUCCACAUCAGUGUGUUUCCUGCUUGCACUAUUACUUAAAAUUCAAGAAUGGCACCAGGACGUGUGUGUCCCAGUGUCCACAGGGCUUCUGGGGGGACAGGAAGCGGUGUAAGAAGUGCUACUCUACCUGCACGACGUGUACAGGAAGCCGUGGAGAUCAGUGUUCCUCCUGUAAGCCUGGAUACCAUCUGGACCAGGAGACGAAGAGCUGUGUGACCAGCUGCGGAGAUGGAUAUUACCUCGAUCACGAGGAGAACGUGUGUUGGAAAUGCAGCGACAAUUGUAAGAAAUGUACGUCAGUCAAUAUCUGCACCGAAUGUCCAGAAGGCGCAAGUUUGAUGGGAAACAGAUGCCAGAAGAGCUGCGAGACCGGAACCUUCUUUAACGAACAGAGCGGUUCCUGUGAGCCGUGUCACUCAGCCUGCUCCACCUGCUCAGCUGCAGGUUUAGAGUCGUGUACUCGCUGUGCUGAUGGUUAUGUGAUGGAGGAAUGGAAGUGUGUGUCUUCCUGCAGUCAGGGCUUCUAUCCCACACAAGCCCUUUCUGACCUCACGGGACAAUCUCAGGGUUAUUGCCGGAGGUGUGAUGUCAGCUGUCUAGCUUGUAUCGGUGCAGGUAAAAGGAACUGCAGUGAGUGUGUGGAAGGGCUCACGCUGCAGGAUGGAGUGUGUGUGCUGACUCAUAACUGUGCUGAUGGAGAGUACCAGGAUGACAGUGGGAACUGCCACGCAUGUGACAGCACUUGUCUUAAGUGCAAAGGACCAAAACAUGAUGACUGCGUCUCGUGCGCGUCCUCACGCUUGUUGGAUGAGAGUCAGUGUGUGUUGCACUGCUCUGAGGGUAAAUACCCGUCCAGUGGACAGUGCCACGCAUGUGACCACACCUGUACUGAGUGUAUUGAUGCUGGCCCGUCCGACUGCACCAGCUGUGACAAAGACAGGUUUGGGCAGGACCGGUACCUACACGAUGGGGAGUGUGUGACCGCGUGUCCUGUGGCUCAUUUCCACACUUCUGUGAAUACAUGUGAAGCGUGUCCACAGCACUGCAGUCUUUGCUCGUCUGCCACACACUGCCUCAAGUGCAACAGUUCCUACUACCUCAGCCAAGGAACAUGCACGGCUCUCGAGUGUGGAGAGGGCGAGGUGGAGGACCCGGAGUAUGAUGACUGUAUGGCCUGUGAAGAAGGAUGCAAGAAGUGUGUGCUCUAUAAUCCCAAACACUGUCUAUCCUGCUCUGAUGGCUAUUUCAAGUAUGAGGAGGGUUGCUAUAAGAACUGUCCUGCUAAAACCUACGCCGUGGUAGACACCAUGACGUGCGUGGCAUGUGACCGUGACUGCGUCAGCUGUGAGGAAGACGAGUGCCACUGGUGCGAGGCGGACUUCUUCCUGUCCGAUGGAAAGUGUGUGCGUGAGUGUUCUGAUGGCUUUUAUGCUGAUGAGGACACUCAGGAGUGUGAGGAGUGUGAGACAGGCUGCAAGACCUGCACUGGACCAGAGGAGGAUGAGUGUGUUAGAUGCAAUGAAGGCCUGGAAAUAGUGAACGGAGUGUGUGAAGCAGAACAGGAGAAGUGUCCGGAUAAAACUUACCUCACUGAUGAAGGAGAAUGUGAAGCGUGCCAUCCCUCAUGUGAGGUGUGCUGGGGUCCAUUGGGGAAUCAGUGCACUUCCUGCAUCACAGGACGUUAUAUGACGACGGAUCAGCAGUGUGUGACUCGGUGUCCAGCUGGAAGCUUUGGCAGUAAGGAGAGUUGGCAGUGUGAGGCGUGUCCUCAGGGUUGUGCCCAGUGUCAGGAUGAGCAACGCUGCACUCGCUGCUUGUCUACUCGCAAGAGCGCCCUCUACCUGCAGAACGGACAGUGUGUGCGCCAGUGCUCCAGAGGCUACUACCCUGCAGCAGCGGUGUGUAAGAGCUGUACACCAGGUUGUGCAUCGUGUGAGCAAAGUGCCACAAACUGUCUGAGCUGUCAGCAGCCGUUAGUGCUUUACAAUCACCAGUGUGUGAAAGAGUGUCCUCGUGCACACACACUCCGGGGAAGUGAGUGUAUGCCCUGUCCAGAGGGGUGUCUGCAGUGCCCUGAGGAAGGACAGUGUACAAAGUGUGAUAAGAACUUUCUGCAUGAGGCAGCUUGUGUGUCUUCAUGUCCUGGAGGGUUUUAUGAGGAUAUGGAGGAUAAAGUGUGUCAGCGUUGUCACUCAGACUGUGAGCUCUGUCAUGGGCCGGAAUCUAACCAGUGUGACUCCUGCACCGAUCCUGACAGCACCCUGAGCAGCGGGACAUGUGUGUUAGCAUGUCCCUCACAAACAUACAGAGAUAGCAGGUCUGGGGAAUGUAUGGUGUGUCACAGCACCUGCUGGACCUGCUCAGGUCCACUGGAUACAGACUGCACCAGCUGUCCAGAAGGCCUGAGAACGGACAUGCAUGGACGCUGUGCCACGCCCACCAGCUGCCCCACACACCACUACAGCGAUCGUGAUGGAGCGUGUCACCUGUGUCACAAACACUGCCAUCAGUGCUCAGGCCCGGACCAUAGCCAGUGUCUCAGCUGUUACCCGAACCACUACCUGCUGAAUGGUUCCUGUGUGAACAAGUGCCCCACAGGUUUCUUUAGUGGAGAGACUCAGAGAUGUGAGCAAUGCCAUCCAAACUGUGUGAGCUGCACAGGACGCCACAGCCACGAGUGCCUGAGCUGCAGAGCACAUCUGUAUCGAGAGGGCAAGGAGUGUGUGGAGACCUGCAGGCUUGGUCACUACGCAGACAAAGACUCGAGGGUGUGUGAGCAGUGUGAGCCGUCCUGUGCAGAGUGUACGCAAGCCGAAGGGUGUGUGAGAUGUAGAGAAGGUCUGCUGCUUGUAAAGAAACUGGGCCAGUGUGUGUCCUCCUGUCCAUCUCAACACUACCAUGACACAAUCCACAAGACCUGUGAGCCGUGCCACACCAUCUGCAGGACAUGCACAGGUAAAGGAGUGAAAGACUGCAGUUCAUGUCAUCCAGGAAACACACUCUCUGAAGGUACCUGUGAUUCGCUCUGUGCCAUGGGGGAGUACUACGUAUCUGAGCUGGACGAGUAUUACAAUUGUAAACCCUGUGACCAGUCAUGUCUGGCGUGUCAGGGACCUGGUCCUCACAACUGCACCGUCUGCCACACACAGUUUAUCCUAGCUGCCGGGGGUCACUGUCUGCCUUGCUGUAGGAACCAGGAUGCAGGAGAUAAAGACACCAAGGCAGAGCAAGAGGAGUGCUGUAACUGUACACAAACCAGGGGUGAGUGUGUCCUCAGCACAAACUUCGCCUUCCGCAACCAUGAAGAACCGGAGCACACAGGCAACAUGUUCAUCUUCAUCACCACCUCCAUCCUGCUGCUCCUGGGUCUCGGCACUGUAGUCGUGUUCAUCGCACGCUCCUUCUCCAAACGUCCGACCCCUGAAACCGCUGUUGCGCGUGGUUAUGAAAAAUUAGGCAACAAUGGAGGACGGGACAUUUUCCGUGGUGGUACAACAUCCUCCUCAUCGACUUCAUCCAAGCAAGCAGGAGGCUCCGGGUCUGGAUACGGGUAUUUACACGAGCAGCAACUGGUGGACCUGCGUGACGGGCGGAUGGGUCAAAAUGACGAGGACGAUGAGGACGACGAGGACGAAGAUAUCGUGUACAUGGGGCAGGAUGGUACGGUGUACCGCAAGUUCCGCUACGGGCAGCUGGGCGAGGACCAGGAUGAUCAGCUGGAGUACGACGAUGAGAGCUACAAUUUCAAAUAACCAGCAGAACAUGAGACGUGAAAUAAAGUGCUGCGAGUGAUGGACGGAUGUCCAAGCUGUUUAACAGAGACAAUAAAGCAAGUUAGCGUGGAGUAGUGGAUGGCUGUGUAGCUUAACAUGAUUGAAUGGGAAAACGUAUUUAAUUAUGUCUCAACACAUAAAUCAGGUAACGGUGACUUGGUAUAGUUUACUAGCAAUUUGGCAAAAGGUACCAUUGAAUUAACUCUCAUUAAUCUGUAAUGCCUUCAGUUUACAUUUGACUGAAAAAUAUCCAGCUUUACUGAAAAAUAUCCAACUUUUCCACUUUUUUUGUUUUCUGGCAACCAUGUAAACAGAACCAUAAACCUUUUAAUUGCGUUAUUUUGUGCAUGUACAUGGUGAUUAAGUUGCCAUUUCUUUGGUAGGUCCUUUGGCUUGGUUUUGCUGUCAUGGUUUUUGUUGUGGACGUGUUGUUGUGGUCAUAUCCUCAGUUGAAUUAAAAUGUAAUGAUUUGUUGAAAUAAAACAUAAAAACAGACCAAGAAAGAAACAAAUAAGACAUACAUUCUACAGACAAGGGCAAAAAUCUGCCCAAAGACUAAUAAAUAUCAUUUAUACCAACAAAAUAUUGUGUAAGAGUGAACUAAAUAU